AUGCUUGAAUUAACAACAUUAAUGAUCUUCACUUGGUUGACACUUCGUGUUCGUUAUUUUCAUAAUUAUUUCAAAGAUUUUGUUUUAUUUGAUAUUGAUAUAAAUAAUAAUGUUAUUGUUCGUUGGUUAUGUUCAUUUAUAAUGACAAACGAUCCAGCAACAAAUCAAAAAUCUACUCGACAAUCGUCGACAAUACCAACUAUGGAUAGUUUUUUGAAUAUGAAACAAUCGAAAUCUAAUUUAUGCUCGGCAACAAAUCCAUUAACACCUAAUAAUCUUAUGCAGUUUAUUGAAAAUAUACCCAUAGAUUCUUCGAGUAAACCACAUCCACGUUCUGGUCAUCGAGCUGUUGCAACUGAAUCAGAUUUAUGGAUAUGGGGUGGUUAUUAUCCAUCAAGUGAUACUGAACAAGAACGCAUGUUUCAAGAACUUUGGCGUUACAAUUUUGCUCUUCGUCAAUGGACACUCGAACAAACAACUGGUGAUGGACCUAUCCUUACUCUUGCCUCUCAUUCAAUGUGUCUCUUUCGAAAUUAUCUUCUUGUUUUUGGUGGUACUGGAUUUCCAUUUGGUCAUCAUGUUUCAAAUGAUUUAUUUGUACUUGAUUUAAAACGACGUCAUUGGAAACGUUUUCGAAUACAUGAUCAACAACCACAACCAGUCUAUGGAGCUAGUAUGCUUUUAAAUGAUGAUCAUUUAUAUAUUUUAUGUGGUACAAAUAGUUGGAUUUAUAAUUCUGAUGUAUUUGAUAUACAUUUACCUACAUUAAAAUGUAAACAUAUAGGUAAUACAUUUGAUGAAAUUGAAGAUCCAAGUGAAACAGGAAGAUAUCGACAAGAAGCAUAUUUACACAAAAAUCAAAUCUUUUUAUUUGGUGGUGGUGGAGUUUCAGGGAUAUCAUAUUCAUUUGAGCAUUUACCUGUUUUUGAUCUUGCUACACAACAUUGGUCUUAUGUUCAUACAAAUCCAGAUCCCGUUCAUAAUUUUCCUACUGCAAGAAAAUUUCAUUCAAUAUUUCCUUUUCAUAAUAAUCAAGUAAUUAUGUUUGGUGGUGCUCAUUUCAAUCGUACAACAAAUCGUCAUAUUGUUGUUAAUGAUCGUCUAUGGAUAUUUAAUUUUGAAAAAUUAGAAUGGUCUAUAUUAUCUUCCUUAACAAUGCCAAGACCGACUUAUUUUCAUGCUGCUGCUAUGAAUGAACGUGGUGAAAUUUGGACACAUGGUGGUGUUGUAGUUGAAUCAAGAUCAAAUGAUAAUAAUAAUAUACAUUAUAAUGAAACACGUAUAACAACUUUGUAUGCAAUGCAUACUCGAGUACCUAAUUUAAGUGAAUUAGCAUGGAAUUAUUUUUUAAAUUCUCUUCCGGAUCGUACUUGUCUUAUAAAGCAACCUAAACUUAUGACUCAACUUCAUAUACCACCACGAUUUAUUGAACGUAUUCAUUGA